CCGCGGCGCCGGCUAAUAGCCUCGUUACCAGCGGGCAAGCAAGCGCGACCAUCCGUCUGAACAACAUGGCGUCCUCUGCAUAACAGCGGUGUAUACCUUCGUGUGAGAGCGCGCUGCAGAGGGGAAUUUUCCAGCGGUGUGUCUCUCGGCGACCCGGUCGCGUUCUUAAUGCGACCGCAAUGAUUGAGCUGCGACGCGACGAGGGACCGAGGGUCCCGAUCGCAGUGGUGUUUGCAGGAGUCAUCCUUUGUGCCUGCCUUGUUCAAGCCAUCGACUACGAGGAAACUGUUGUUUGGCAGCCGGACCCCCAGCACAAGUAUGUCGCGCUGCGGGAGGUCAAGCCACGAGUUCAGAGUCGAGCCGACGAGUCCCUAAGCCCUGAACUUAGGGAGGAGUCAGAGCAAAACGAGACAGCGUCGGAAGGUGCAAGGCCUCCCCCUUCGGACUCCCAGAAAGCAGAACCUCCUGCUAACGAAACUUCAGGAGAAGUUAACGGCACCGAGUUUCUCAGAAACAUUUUCUAG